AUGGCAGAUGAAUCCGCCUUUGACAAGAAGAAAGCCCACAGGGCAAAACAAGCUGGGCGUAAAGCGGAAAAGAAAAAAAAGAAGAAGCAAAUAGACACAUCUAACCUAAGUGCUCGACAAAGAAAUCCAAAGGCUUUUGCUAUCCAGUCAGCUGUAAGAGCAGAGCGGCAAUUUCGGCGUCGCGAGGAUGUUAUUGCCAAGAAGCAGCACAUUCCUCAGGUAGAUAAAACUCCUCUGGAACCGCCUCCAAUCAUAGUAGCUGUGGUGGGCCCUCCGCGAGUAGGGAAGACUACGUUGAUAAAUAAUCUCAUCAAAAGCUUUAUAAAAACCAACGUCACAAGUACUAAUGGCCCUAUAACAAUAGUCACUUCUAAGAAACGCCGAAUCACCUUGAUUGAAUGUAACAAUGAUAUUAAUUCAAUGAUUGAUAUAGCAAAGUGUGCUGAUUUAGUAUUGUUACUGUGUGAUGCUAGUUUUGGCUUCGAAAUGGAGAUCUUUGAGUUUUUAAACAUCUGUCAAGUGCAUGGUAUGCCCAAGAUAAUGGGUGUGUUGACUCAUCUAGAUAUGAUCAAAAAUGCGAAAACAUUGAAAACUACAAAGAAGACUUUGAAGCACCGCUUCUGGACCGAAGUAUACUCAGGAGCGAAACUGUUCUAUCUAUCUGGUAUUAUUCAUGGAGAAUAUUUGAGAAAUGAAAUCAAAAACCUGGCUAGAUUCAUUUCUGUUAUGAAAUUUAGGCCACUAAGCUGGCGAUCUACCCAUGCUUAUAUAUUGGCUGAUAGAAUGGAAGAUGUUACUAACCAAGAAAUUAUAAGAAAGGACCCUAAAGUCAACAGGGAUAUAAUUCUGUAUGGAUAUGUCAGAGGAGUACCACUUAUGAAAGAAACAAUGGUUCAUAUAGCAGGUGUUGGUGAUAUGAAGGUCAGUGAACUUUCAUAUUUACCAGACCCAUGCCCUUUGCCAAGCAGUGAAAAGAAACGCCACUUGAUGGAGAGAGAGAGACAAAUAUAUGCACCUUUCUCUGGUGUAGGUGGCAUUGUUUAUGAUAAAGAUGCUGUUUAUAUAGAGCUAAAAGGUUCUCACUCACACAAGCAAGAGGAUGAGGAGACAAAUGAGAAAAAAGCAUUGCUGAAAAAUGUUGUUGAAACUACAGAAACUAUAGAUGAACAGAUGCAAGAGUCUGGCUUUAAGUUAUUUAGUGGAGGAGCUGUCAUUUAUCCAGACAUGUUAAAAGAUGAUGAGUACCUGCAACAGAAAAGCAAGGAUAGAGAUGAAAGUUCUGAAGAUUCUAGUUCCGAGGAUGAUGAAAAGUCUGAUUCUGAUCAUGACAGUGGUAUUGAGCAAAAUGAGAUAAAAACUGGAAAAAACCAAUUGCCUUGGGAUAAUGGGUCUAAUAAUGAGGAGGAAUCAGGAGAGGAAACUAAUAGUGAGAAAGAAGAUGAGGAAGAUUUUGGCAUUAAGUGGAAAGAAAAAAUGAAUGAAAAAGCAACAGAUGCCUAUUUUGAACGGCAGAACACAUCAGGAAAUAUAAUGAAGCUUGUUUAUGGUGAAUUUGAGAUUGGGAACAAGACUAAAGAUAAAAUAGAUGAAUCUGAAGAUGAUUCAGAUGAAGAAGAAAUUGGGGGAUUGUUCAAGAAAGUAACUGCCACCCAAAAGAAAAAACAAAAAGAAAAGGAGAGACUAGAUACAGAUGAAUGUUCCUUCUUUUAUUCAUUAGAUAAACCACUGUUGAGGGAUUGGACCAGUGAAUCCAAUAAACAGCAUUUGAUCAACUAUUUUGUGACUGGCAAGAGAUCUGCAGAUGAAGAUGCAUCAGAACUUUUAAAAUUAGAUGAUGCAAGUGAUGGAGAUGAUGAAGAAGUUUAUGGGGAUUUUGAAGAUUUCGAAACAGGCGAGAAACAUGUUACAAACGAAAAUUCUGAAGAUAUCAAUACAUUGGAGGCUGGCAACAAACGUAAAGCAGAACCAACCAAAUCUGAAAUACUGGAUAAAAAGCUUAAAUUAAAAGCAAAAUUUGAUUCAGAAUAUGAUAAUCCAGAUGAUCAUAGAAUAAAAGGGGAUCACUCAUAUUAUGAAAACUUAAAAGCAGAAGCACUGAAACAGUCUGAAUUAAAUAAGUCUGUAUUUGAGAAUUUGGAUAAUGGGUUGAGAAUUGAAGUUGAAGGUUUUAGACCUGGCUUGUAUGUGCGAAUGAUGUUCAAAAAUAUGCCUUCAGAAUUCGUAACCAACUUCGAUUCUACAUACCCUAUUUUGAUUGGGGCUCUUAAUAUGGCAGAACAGAAUAUAGGAUUUGUUUCUUGCAAAGUAAAGAAACACAGGUGGUAUAAGAAAAUUUUAAAAACCAAUGACCCACUUAUUAUAUCACUUGGUUGGCGACGUUUUCAAACACUACCGAUUUACUCAAAAAUAGAGGAUGACUUAAAAUGUAGAUACUUAAAAUAUACGCCAGAACAUGUAACAUGUAAUAUGCAUUUCUAUGGGCCGGUAACUCCACAAAAUACUGGUUUACUUGCUUUGCAAACAGUAAACAACAAUCAUAAUGAAAUCAAACAAUUGGGAUUCAGAAUAGCUGCUACGGGCAGUGUGAAUGAAAUUAACAAGUCUACACAGAUUGUAAAGAAAUUAAAACUUGUUGGUACACCUCUAAAAAUAUAUAAGAAAACUGCCUUCAUAAAAGACAUGUUCACAAGCACAUUAGAAGUUGCAAAAUUUGAAGGAGCCAAAGUAAAAACAGUUUCAGGGAUUAGGGGACAGAUCAAAAAGGCUCUAAACAAGCCCGAAGGCGCUUUCAGAGCGACAUUUGAGGAUAAGAUCCUUAUGAGUGAUAUAAUAUUUUGUAGGACGUGGUUCAAAGUCGACGUCACCAAGUUUUAUGCUCCCGUCGUGAAUCUGCUUUUGCCCUUAGGAGCUAAAAAUGCUUGGCAAGGCAUGAAAACGAAAGGGCAGUUAAAGAGAGAGCGCAAUGUUAAGAGCGAGGCUAACACGGAUUCUAUGUACACAGAAGUAAACAGGGAACCGAAAGUAUUCAAACCCCUAGUAAUACCAAAACAAUUACAGAAGGGACUGCCUUACAGAUUCAAACCCAAGAAUAAAUCCACCACACUGUCUGGAAAGCCUAAAACUCAAUUGGACAGGGUAGCUGUUAUCAAGAACCCGUAUGAACAAAAAGUUACCAAUGUGAUGAAAAUGUUGAAAAUGAAUUUCGAUAAAAAGACUGAGCAACAGAAGGCGGCGACGGCGGAGCGGCUGAAAGCGCAUAAGAAACAACUCGAAGACGAAGAGUGGCGGAGAAUAAAGCGACAGAAGGAGCUGAAAAAGAAGAUCUGUAGGCAUUUAAGUAAAAUGGGCAACAAAAAGAAGACGCAAAUGUAA